AUGUCCAUUAUCGAAAAAGAUCACAAAAUCUCCAAAACCAUUCAUAAUUGCUCAACAAAAUUAACCAGAACUCCUUCCUCCUGGGAUCCCCAAGAUGACAUCUUACUAAGACACUUGAAAGAAGAUCAGAAAUUGGGCUGGAAAGAAAUUUCAACUCAUUUCACAACCAGAACUCCAAAUGCCUGUCAAUUUAGAUGGAGAAGAUUAAAAUCUGGCACUCUAAAAUCGCAGAAUAAUCUCAACCAUCUCAACCACCUAAAUCAUCUCAACCACCUUAACCACCUCAACCAUCUUAACCACCUCACCCACCAAAACAAUCCCAGCGUUAACGCUAACACUACUAACACUACUAACACUACUAAUUCUACUAACUCUACUAACUCUACUAACUCCUCUAAUCUGAACUUUCAAUUCAAUUAUGCCUACAACCAUGGCUAUAAUCACAACAACAAACCCAUCAUUAAAGACAACCUCUUUAAUGGCGCCAUUGCUGGUUUAAGCGCUCUAAGUAGAUCAGACUCCUCUUCAAGUCUCAAUCUAAAGAAAUUCUCUUUAAUUAAUUCAAAUAGUAGCACUGAAUCUUUAAACUAUUCUUUACCAAGUUUAAACUCAACUCUACUUUCAAACUAUCAAACAAUCUCUUCUAAUAACACAAACUCGAGUCAUACGCAUACACAUACGCAUAAUCAUAAUCAUAAUCAUACUCAGAAUAAUAAUUGGAAUAACUCGUAUUAUUUCUCAAAUCCUAGCCCCAAAACUUCCUUUUCUUCUUUAUCAAAUAGCGAUAGCUAUUUUACUACAAAUAACAACAUUUCUAACACUUCUAAUAUUAAUAACUCUUUUUCAUCCGCUUCUUCUUCAGCUUCUUCAGCAACUUCUUCGCCACCGGGCUCGAGGUUCAGUUUCAACUCGUUAUCUUCUUCUUCUUCAUUAUCUUCUUCGCUGUCUCCAUCUUCUCUACCUUCAUCCUCUUCUUCCCCUUUCUCUUUACUCCUUAAUGACCAUUGGUUGUCUGAAGAAGAUGAAUUGAUAAUUACAAGAGAAAAAAAUAACUUGAAUUUUAUCGAAUUAAGUAUUCUAUUACCGAAUAAAUCCGAAGAUGAAAUUCUUCAAAGAAUGAAAUAUCUAGACUCUUUUACAUCAAAUAUUUCUGAUUCUCAUUCCCAUUCCCAUUCUCAUAAUAACACUACUAAUAUUACUAAUAUCACUAAUAUCACUAAUAUUUCUACAAACACUACUACUAGUAGCUCCUUUAAUACUCCUUCAUUACCUCAACCCGCUUUGAAUUUAUCCUUAAAUUCAAUCAUCGAAGAAAAACAUAAUCUCAUCACUGAUAAUAAUGAAAUUGAAAUCAUAAAACCUUCAAUUCUGUCAUUAACUCGAUUACUAAAUACUAAUUGA